GCAUGCUGUUUGUAGGCAAACAUUUAAUCAUAGUGUUGCCAGCCAUGUUUAAUCUAUUGUUAAAUCUACCUAGUGAGCUUUAAAACUGAGUUUUCCUUUUCUGUAUGUUUUGUUUCCUAUUUUUGUCUCUUUUCUUUGCUUUUGCAGGCUAUGAUAUAUAUUUUGUUUGUUUAUGCUUUUUUCACAUCAUUAUUUGACUGUUUUCUCUGCAUCAUAUCAUCUACUGUUUUCUGCUGUUUUCCUGCCUCAUAUUUUUCCUUCUCUACUUUCUCUUUGAGCUUAACUCCUCUUCGUGCUUUCUCUCUGUUCUCCAAAUACUUGUUCUCAUUCACAGGUAUGAGCACUUCAUGGUUUUUCACACAUUGUCUCAGUCCCAGUGCUACUGCUUGGGCUAUUUUGCUUCCUCAGAUAAGUCCUUAGAACGAACCAAGGGCAUUUCCAAGCUCCUUUUUGUUGUGUUAAAGAGAAGUAUUGGCUUCUAGGCAGUUUUACACACUUGAAUGUUCUCCCCACUCCUGGCCAGGUUCACCCCACUUAACUCUUGAUGUGUAAUGCAGGUGCCUAAUUUAUAUGCGUGGUCAUCCAUGGCUACUUCGGGGGUCAGUGGGAAGAGAAGUGCUUCUUUGAAUUGUGGUUUGCACCAGGAGGGACCAAACUGAGCCCAGAAGUAUUCCUUCCUCUCUGCUGACCACCAAAGGAGCUUUAGAUGACAGCUCUUCUAACCAGAUGUCUCAGAUUUGUAACAGCCACCUCUGUUAAAGUACAUGUGUUUUCAAUUCUGAUCUACUUCUAACAUGAUGGAUUUUCAGGGGUUUCCCUAUUUUUCCUUAAAAUAAUUAAUGCAUCCAUGUACAACAUUAUGGAAACAAUGUAAGAAAAUUGAUCUAGUGUGCUUUAAAGAGCCCAAACAAUGUAUUCAGCCUAAUGACUUUGUGAGGAAAGAAAGUUCUCGCCACUUCCAGUCCUUGUAAAAUUAGUUUUUCAUCUGCCCCUAUUCCUGCUGUCUGACUAAUCGGUCUUGUGCACUUGAACUGAUGAACUGAUCCUUCUGCUGCCACUUCCCUCCCUCUGCUGGAAUACUGAUGUACUCACGGCACAGUGAGAAAAUAUUGCAGCACAGGAAGGUUUACAAAAGGACAGCCUGAGGCCCAGACUGCAGAAUUAGAUCUUGAGUGGGAAUAUAUAGGCAAAGAAGAAAAGCUGUGAAAGAGGGAGGCUAAAAAUGCCACAGCCUGAUUGAAAGAGCAGAGAAGAGCCAGAAAGGGGAUAACCAGAGCUGUAUGAAAAAACAGUGGCAUGUGCUUUUACCUGUGUGGCUGGCACUCCUGAAGCAAGAGGCACUUCUGAGUGACUUGAUGAGUGUCAGUUUUAGAAACUAAGAAGUUUAUAAUCUAUUGGCUUGUUAAUGUAGUUAGUUAAUUGAUGUAAUUUUGCCAUUUUUUGCAUAAUUUGACGUAAAUACAUUGGUAAUGUUUAAAGAAAAGAAUCAUGUGAUGUGUGAAGAUGAAAUUGAUCUGCCAUGGUCAACUCUGUCACUGUUAAAGAGUAGGUGAUGGUGUUCCAUGACUCUGGUCACUUGUCAGUGUAUUUGCUUUAUGUUUUAUGUAAAGUAAAUAAUAGAAAAACCCUUUAUGAAUUUGAUGGACACUUGGACAUGUCAAGGUUUCUUUUUCAAACUGCAGCUGAGGCAGCUUUCUGACAGCUUACUCCAGGAUAAAGGAAAGCUGCAUGAAUGAAGUUUGUCAUAUAAAUGAGAGUAUUUGGCACAGAGAAUAUAGAUCUGUCUGUAACCUGCUUUAUCCUAUGCCUGGAGUCUGCAUUCAGCUAUGGAUACUAUCUUAGACUCCAUUUGUGGAGCACUGUUGAAGAACUAAGCUUGGAAGAAAUCAGGCAUAGGCUUUUUUCCUGUCUGGCUUCUACACCACAAAAAAAGCUGAGGUUUAUGUUCAGAAGCUGUUCAGCACCUGACAGACAUUUUUCUUCCAGUGGUGUUCUUAGCUUUAAUUAUACGUAGUGUUCCAUAUUAUAAAGCAUGCUAUUUGAUAAUUAAUCAAACAAUAAUGCACUCCAUUCAUCUUUAGACUCUAGUUCCAUGAACACCUUUAUUCAGACUAAGAUGAAGAGUUUUGGGAAGCUACAGGCAGGGCAGUGUAACUGUCUGAAACAUCAGGGCCCAGCUCAAGAGGCUGAUGGCCUUUGAUAAUUAAUUCUGCUUCAAAUGCCUGCAGUAGAAGUCAGUGUUGCUCUCUUUACCUAAGUUUUAUGGUGUUGGCCUUUUAUGAAGAGCUAAGUUAGACUUCAAGCUGAUCAGGAGGAGAGAAAAAUCAUGCUAGCUGCUCUGUAUUAAUCUGCAGUUUUACGAGACACAUUCUGAGUGUGACAUAAAUUAUCAUUUGGGUGGAACACUGAAACUAGUCUUAUAAUUACAGCCUAUGCUAUUCCAUGUGAUGAGCUUGAAUUUAUAGACCUUUUAUAUGCAUAAAUUUGGAAAGAAACAUCUCUAGCUUGUAUAGUCCCACACUUGAAAUAGAAAAUGAAAAUUAGUAAGCCUGUGUGUAUAUGCACCUCUGCAGGUUAAACAAAUUUAUUUACUGUUCUGAUUUCUGCUGUGGUUUUGCAAAUACAUGUGAGGGAUCUGUCAGCAGUUCCACUGUCAGUGCCAGUCCCGUGCUCUCGAGUACCUGUAGAGGAGACAGCACAUCAGAUUUACAUAUUUUUAGCUGUUCUUCGAGGAUGUUGUUACUGGCAGUGGCAUCAAGUGUGGUGAGAAAUCGUUGCCUGACAGUUUGACAUUGGUAUUGAACACUCUAGUGGAGAAAACUCUGUAAUAAAUGAAUUCUAAACCCAGGGUUUUUAAUCAAAGAACUUGAUUUUGCAAAGCGAAGACUUUGUUACUUAGAGUUAGCAGGUACGACGGCAUCCUUUAAUCCUCGCUUUUGACACGGCACGACGUCAUCGCAAAGUUUAAGCAAGGGGGGAAAAAAUAGCUGUUUAAAAAAGAAAUGGGGAAUAACAAUGAGAAGGCCCUCUCCCUGGGAGACAGGUUUCGGGUAUAGCGGGGGCAGCAGCGCGCAGGAAGCUCGCUUGGUGUCCCCCCGGUGCCGGGCGAGCGCGGAGGGCGGGGAGGGGACGGGAGGAGCCGGGGGGACGGGACGGGAGCGCCCGCCCGGAGCGCGUUUCCUGCUCGCCGCUGCCUUUAAGGAGGCGCCGGGUUUAAGGUGGACCGGGAUGAGGGCGGGGCGCGCCCGCCCGGCUCCGCCCGCCGCGUCGCUCUCCGGUCCGCCCCCCUGGCCGGGGCAGCGGGUGCCAGGCGGGGUUGUGAUGCGGCCGUUGUUUUUGUAGGGUCGCGGGGCCGCGGUGCGGAGGUAGCGAGGCGGCCCAUGGAGCCGGGGCACGCCUGGCAGGCGGCGUAGCCCCGCUCGCCCCCGCUCCCUUCCGCCGCUUUGUUAGCGCGAACACAGGCGCGCCUCACCUACACGGUGAAGAGGAAGGCAGCGCUCCCCGCACAAUAAUGGGCACCCGGGCGCUGCCCCCCGGGCCGCCGCAGAGCAGCGGAAAGAAUGUCGGCGCGGGCCGCGGGUGACGUCAGGAGGGAGCAGCGCGGCGCGGCCGCCAGGCAGCGGCAGCGGCGGCCCCGCCACGGCGAGGGAGGAGGCGGAGGAGGCGGGAGCGGCGCCGGCCCCGCCGCCACCGCAGCGGCAAUGGCGGCCGUCGGGGAGCGCAGGUCCCUGCCCAGCCCCGAGGCGAUGUUGGGGCAGCCCUGGAGCCACUGGGUCGAUGCUGCUAAACUUCACGGGAACGACGGAACAGCAUUAGAAGAAAGUUUCAAGGAAUACGGGAGAAACCGAGAAGCGAUGCGACUUUGCCGAGAAGAUAUGCCAAUAUUUGGUCUUUGCCCGGCUCAUGAUGAUUUCUAUUUGGUGAUGUGUAACCACUGUAAUCAGGUCGUAAAACCACAGGCAUUUCAAUCACAUUAUGAAAGAAGACACAGCUCCUCCAGCAAGCCGCCUUUGACUCCUCCCUCCUCUUCAGUAUUUUCCCUCAUUUCAUCUUUCCCUUCAAAAAACAAAGGUAGCAGUGGAAGUGGGAGCAGUCGUUCAUCCAGUGGAGGUACUAGUGCAUCAUCAUCAAAUUCCAAGCUGUUGAAAUCACCCAAAGACAAGCUGCAGAUCAGCGGAAACAACAGGUUAAUGCAUUCGGUACAGCACAGCAAAGUUCCCCAUGACAAAAUUAUGACUCCAUCUGUCAAAGUGGAAAAGAUUCAUCCAAAGAUAGAUGGUGCCCAACUGAAAGCUGCUGUUGGUCCAACUUGUUCUACUACUGUGAGUUCCUCAAUAAAGACUGGCCUUAAUUGUCCCUCAAUACCAAAGCCACCCUUGCCUUCCCCUGGACAGAUACUGAAUGGUAAAGGUCUUCUCUCUGUGCCUCCAUUUUUGGAAAAGAAACCUGAAGAAAAUACGAAUAAUAGGAAAUUUUUACAUAAAAGAUUGUCAGAGAGAGAAUUUGAUCCUGAUAUAUACUGUGGUGUCAUUGAUGUGGAAACCAGGAAACCUUGUACUAGGUCUUUAACAUGCAAGACACAUUCCUUAACCCAGCGGAGGGCUGUACAGGGUCGAAGAAAACGAUUUGAUGUGUUAUUAGCUGAGCACAAAAGCAAAACCAGGGAAAAGGAACUUCUUCGACAUUCGGAUCAUCAUCAGCAGAUGCCCCCUCUCAGGGAACCACAUCCCUCACCUACUAAAACUUCCCAGGAGCUGCACCAAAAUUCUCAUGGAGUUACUCUUACAGAAUCAAAGCCUUUAUUACCUAAUAAACCCAAACCUCACCCCCCCAGUCUUCCAAGGCCUCCAGGCUGUCCAGCCCAGCACAGUGGAAAUGCCCCCAGUGAGUCUCCUUCUGUCCACGAGUCCCCACACCCUCCCUUGCCUGCAGCUGAGCCAGCAUCUCGGUUAUCCAGUGAUGAGGGAGAAUGUGAUGAAAAAGAAGAGCCUGUUGAAAAACUGGAUUGUCAUUAUUCAGGUCAUCAUCCUCAACCAGCCGCUUUUUGCACAUUUGGUAGUCAGCAAAUUGGAAGAGGUUAUUACGUCUUUGACAAGCGGUGGAACCACAUUCGAUGUGCACUUGACUUCAUGUUGGAGAAGCAUCUUAAUUCACAGAUGUGGAAGAAAAUUCCUCCAGCAUCCAGUAACACAGCAUCAGUCCGUGCUCCACAUCGGACAAACCUGAUGCCUGCUUCUCAGCACGGCGUCAGUGCAGCAGGGUUCCUCUUACCCACCACGGUUAUGUCAUCGCCAGCGUUGGUGUCUCCUUCCUGCGUGUCUCUGAGCGGCAAAUCGGUACCGUCCCACGGGACGACGCUAAACGCCAACCCCGCUGCUCUGGGUGCAGUGGAUCCCGUCUGCAGUAUGCAAUCAAGACAAGUGUCUUCUUCCCCUUCAACACCUACAGUGCUUUCCUCUGUACCUUCACCUAUGGCCAGCAAACCUCAGAAAAUGAAAUCCAGCAAAUCUUUUAAACCUAAGGAAUCUCCUGCUGGCAGUGGCACCUGUAACAGCAGCGGCAGCGUCAGUAGCAGCGGCGGCUCAGGAAAGAAGCGUAAAAACAGUUCCGCACUGCUCGCACCUUCUCAUUCCACAGAGUCCUUUAGAAAAAACUGUGUGGUUAACUCUGGAAACUCUGGGGCCUCCUAUCAUCCGUCAGUGACAGCUUCGUCCCACAGCGUUGGCCUCAACUGUAUGACUAGCAAAGCUAACUCUGUUAGCCUCAAACAUGACCAAUCAGGGAGGGGUCCUCCAACCGGGAGCCCUGCAGAAUCCAUAAAGAGAAUGAGUGUGAUGAUGAACAGCAGCGACUCCACGCUCUCCUUAGGGCCGUUUGUUCAUCAGUCUAGUGAGCUGACUGUAAAUUCACACAGCAGUUUUUCACAUUCACAUACUUCCCUUGACAAAUUAAUAGGAAAGAAAAGAAAGUGCUCACCUGGUUCAAGCAGCAUCAACAGCAGCAGCAGCAAAUCAAACAAAGUUGCCAAACUGACAUCGGUGAACAAUGUUCAUGCAAAACACACUGGUGCAAUCCCAGGGACGCAAGGACUGAUGAACAAUUCUCUGUUUCAUCAGCCGAAGGCCCGUCCCUGACAGCUGAAGGCACCACGGUGAGAAACAAACUGGACAGUUUUCACUACAAGCAAAACCUCCAUCUGGAUUUCUGGACUCCAAGAUGCCUUGAGUUUUCCCAACUUCCCAUGGUCCUCAGGUGUGGAAAUCUACUGGACUGUCACUUAAACAAGGAAUUUCCCUGAAGCCAUGUCUGUAGCAGUGAAUAUACUAGAAAUGGACACUGGAUGAAGUUCAGCCACAUAAUUGCUCUUAUCAGUGUUAACAGUGGUCUGGACUGUUUGCUACAAAUCUGUGAGAUUUUCCUUACAGGAGUACAUCAUCUUGCCACUAUUUGACAUAGUUUGGCUGGGCAAACGAAUGUUUUCUGGGGGGAAAUAAACAUUACUGUGGACUUAUUUUUAUACUGAUGGUGUCUUUUGUAGGUGAUAGCUAACCAGACAGACACCCUCAACGGAGAGAGGACCCCGUGACAAGGGGAAAAAUGUGUGAGGCACAAUGGAAAGAAGCCCUCAAGAAGGGAAUAUGGCUUUAGUGUUUUUAUAGCAAUGUUCCUUUAAUGGAAUAUAAAAAAUAGCACAAUUCAAAAAAUAGUCUGUUUUGCCCAGCCUUUUGCAGGUAAUUUGGGAUAAGAAGCUAUCAGGAGUUUAAAAUAAAACAAACCCAACAAAACCAGAAAAACUUGUUUGAGGCCACUGCUCAGAAAACAAGUAUAAAAAUGCCGUAUUUGUGUGAUACAAAACCUAUUUUCUAUUCUUUUGAAUGAGAUUUUAUUGUGGAAGAAAAGUUAAUUUUGUUCUUUAAAAAUUCCAAAAAUAUCAAACAGACAAAGGCUAAUAACCUCUAAAACUCUAUGCCCAAAGAACGUAUUUAUUGACCUAUACUGUAUACCACAGGCCUUUGGUUUUUUUAAAAGAAAAACUGUAUUGAUGAAAUUAGGCUGGAUUUGUCUUCCUCUUCCAGCAGAUAAAAUUAGCCCUUUUAAAAAUGAGUUUUUAAAAUAUUUAAAUAUUUUCUAACAACCAUAAAGGUCAGUUUCUUUCUGCCUUGUUUGUGUAACAAAUUUGUUGAUGUGUUAUGUCUUCUACCACUCAGUCAGAUUUCUUUUUUUAGUCAAAAUUCUGGAAUAAAUGCCAAUUUGACAGCAGAGUUCACUGUGAAGCACUGGUUUGUGCAUCACAGUCAUCCCAGGCCCGCUCAGGCUUUAGGAGCAUGGGGGGCUUUGCAGUUUUGUAUAAUCCAGCCAAUUUUUAUGAACUAUUUUGUCUUGCUUCAAAACACCUCAAAAAUUAAUUCCGCCAAAGGGCUCUUUGUAUUAUGGUUUGACUCAUCUGGAUGUUUUUAAGUUUUUAAACAUCAGGUAAAGGCUCAAAACUGACUAAACUUUUAUUAAGGGGGCAAAGCAAAGGAAGAUGAAAUCCUAACGAGGAAGAUUUUUAUUUUCUGCCUUAAAGGGGCAUCAGCUAUUGCUGAGAAGAGACAAUCUGAGCCUGUCCAGCUGUUCACGUAGCCCAGCCUUCUCCCCAUUCUGGUGGCAAGUAGUAAGUACAUCAGGGAAUCCAAAGCCACUCUGAGUAGCAGUUGCUUAGUUGUUUACCUAACGAUGCUUUCAGUUUCUCCUGAACUUCCUAUGAAAUCAUUGUAAUACAGCAAAACAACAAGAAGCCUCUAUGCAGACACUUUAGCUUUGAAUUGAUACAAAAGAUCACACUGAGAAAGCAAUGUACUAGAGACUCUUAUUAUGCAAACUUUAAAAAAAAAAAAAAACAGUAGACAGCUUUUCAGGAACAAAAGGAUUCGUAUUUAAUAGGAUGCCCUGUUGAAAGGAUUGUUAGAACUGCAAUUGGUUUAAUGUAAAAGGAACCAAAGCAAAAUGCCACGAAAAGAAAUCCAAGUGUAUUCAAUCCUGCACGUUUGAGAAAAAUCCAUGCUCUGAUGAAAGUCCCUGGGGCAGAGCUUCCACUUCAGGAUAGCAUCAGUCACAAGUGCAAUUUGACUCUUGGUAGAAACAAAGGUAAAGGAAACAGAAAUUUGGCAAGAUUGGGCGCCGGCGAGUUUGUGAUUGAACUGUCCUCUGGUUUUUAAGGUUCUGUUGAUCUGAAAGCAAAAUGGCAAAUUUGUGCUCCUUCAGUAGCAUGCAGAUGUGUACAAAAUGAAUUCCUGAUGGCUGCUCCUCCAGAGCCAGUGGGUGCAGCCACCUCCUCCAUGUGGGCUUGAGCCACUGGAGCAGAGUCCGAGCAUAAGUUCUGCCUGCCCUAGACCUGCUCUAAAUAUUAUGUUUUAGAUCUUGGUUAUAAGCAGAACAUUGUUCCUGAAGCUUUUAUUGUCACUUAGUUCUUACUGUAAAUAAUUAAGGAAGCUUAAAAUUAAUUUUCCUUGCAAAAUUGAAUUUGCAGUGGCUGGGUUGUUUCUAGACAGAUUUUGGUAUUAAUUUAAGAGAUACAGUUUUUAUAGUCUUUCCAACUUCUCGUUAUGACUCCUGCAGUUUUCUUAACCUAAAAAAUUGCUGCAAUGAUGAACAAAGAAUUAUACAAGAAAAAAAAACAUACUUUUGUAUCUUUAUUUUGGAAUUUCUUGUUCUAUUAUAAAUAUUGAAGUAUCCCUAUUUCAGAAGACAUAUUUUGUUAAUUGAUUGUACAUAUUUAAAUAUGUAUUUUUGCACAGGUCUUUUUUUCUUAUAUCCAGUUUUGGUACAAUUGAGAUCAUCUAGUAUUUAUUUAUUAAUUAAUUAAAUAAAAAAAAAAGCAAAUACCUUUUUAUAAUUUGAAGUGGUUCACUGCCAAGCCAAUAGUUAACAUGCCUACUUUGCAAUGUGAGGGAUGCCUCCGUUUUGUGAAAGCCGUGUCCCUUUUCCCUGUCUCGGGAGCGGGUGGAUCCACGCCAAGGAUGGCCGAGCCCGGAGCCCUCGAGGUUGAUGUGGCAUUGCUCCUCAGUUGCCUGACUCCCAGGAGCUCCGUUUAGUUAAGUGACACACUGCUUCUCUUUUUUUAGUGUUCGUGUGCGUGUGUGUGCGUGCGCAUCCGUGUGGGUCUCAUGUGGUUUAAAACUAACGGAAAAACUGAAAGUGCCUGAUAUAACUAGUUUUAAGCUUGGACUGUUUAGACAGCUUCUCCUUAAAAGACUUGAAUGUUCAGUUGAAAUUUUGGAGCUUGCUUUUUCCACCUAUAUGUAGUAUAUAUAUGUGUGUGUGUAUAUACACACACAUACAUAUAUCUAUAUAUCUGAAAUUGAUGAGAUGGGUUGACAAAAGAAAGCAAAUUAUACUGGUAGAUUUUGUAAAAUCUUUUAAUUUGAAUACCUUAUGUUGGAACAAUCCCAUUGAUAACUCCUAUUUAGUAUAAUGCCAAGAGUUUGAAAUAUGGUUUUAACCAGCAGUUUAUUUAACUGUCUCAUUUUGGGAAGGGGGGGAGCAAUAUUCGUUAGUCAAAUAAUUUAGAAAAUGUUCCAAAUUGUUGGUAUUCCAAAACAAUGAAAAAACCCGUAGUAAGUACCUCUUAAAAGCAUGAAAAAAAUAAAGAUGUGAUUUCCAAAUGACAUUUCUAAGGCAGUUGUCUUCCUGUAAGAGUUCUCUUGCCAAGGAAUCUCUCGUCUUUUACUCAUUCUGUCCUGGAGGAGGGAAUUGGGCUUAGAAAGAUUCUUAAAUGUUUCACUGUUCAGCAGAAAAUAAUCAUUUUUACCUUUUGUGCGAGAUAUUUUAUGUUUUAAAGAUAAUUUUGAAAUGAGCACUACAUAAUGUCAAUGUGAAUGUAGGCCUUGGAAGCAUCUUGCUCGGUGUUGAGCCUGGUUCUAAAAGCAAUCUCCUGUGUAAAAUGUGUGAAUAGUUUGAUAAUUUGUAUACAUAAUCAAGAGCAUCUGAUCAGCUGAACUCUGUGUUGGCUGCUGUAUAGUACAUGAACAAAUGUCAUGGGAUAGAAAAAUUACUUUGGAUAUUUAAAAGAAAAAUAAAUAUAUAGUCUAUUUGUUUUGUAACAAGUUUCUGUAAAUAAAAUAAUUUAUACUAUUUA